AUGGCGACCAAGAAGCCCAACAUCCUCUACAUCAUGGCUGACCAAAUGGCUGCGCCCUUGUUGUCCUUGCAUGACAAGAACUCCCCCAUUAAGACUCCUAAUCUAGAUCGCCUCGCCGACGGCGGUGUGGUCUUCGACUCAGCUUACUGCAACUCACCACUGUGUGCUCCCUCACGCUUCGUCAUGGUCAGCGGCCAGCUGCCCUCUAAAAUUGGAGCCUACGAUAACGCGGCGGAGCUGCCCGCAGACACCCCCACAUAUGCUCACUAUCUGCGGCGGGAGGGAUACCACACAGCCUUGGCUGGAAAGAUGCACUUCUGUGGCCCGGAUCAGCUUCACGGCUAUGAGCAACGCCUGACCAGUGAUAUCUACCCUGGUGAUUACGGCUGGUCCGUCAAUUGGGAUGAACCUGACAUCCGUGCCGACUGGUAUCACAACAUGUCCUCCGUGAUGGAGGCAGGCCCCGUCGUACGCACCAAUCAAUUGGAUUUUGAUGAAGAGGUGAUUUACAGGUCAACCCAAUACCUGUACGACCAUGUUCGGCAGCGCAACGAGCAGCCUUUCUGCUUGACAGUCUCCAUGACUCACCCUCACGACCCUUACGCCAUGACUAAGGAGUUCUGGGACCUGUACAACGAUGUCGAGAUCCCGCUGCCUAAGAACGGAGCUAUCCCCCACGACCAGCAGGAUGCGCACUCGCAGCGUGUGCUCAAGUGUAUCGACUUGUUCAACAAAGAGAUGCCCGACGAGCGAAUCCGUGCCGCCCGUCGCGCCUACUAUGCCGCCUGCACAUACGUUGAUACCAACGUCGGCAAGCUGCUUCGUGUUCUCGAAAACACCGGUCUGGCCGAUGACACUAUCAUUGUUUUCACCGGUGAUCACGGUGACAUGCUUGGCGAGCGCGGCCUGUGGUACAAGAUGACCUGGUUUGAGAAUUCAGCUCGUGUUCCUUUCCUCGUCCACUCGCCCAAGCAUUUUGCUCCCAAGCGCGUGUCCGAGAACGUUUCCACCAUGGAUCUCCUCCCUACAUUCGCUGAAUUGGCAGGUGCCAAACUCAUCUCCGAGCUUCCCCUAGAUGGUGUUUCCCUCGUGCCGUAUUUGACCGGCGGCGAAGGUCUCCGCACUGAUACUGUCUAUGGCGAGUACAUGGGCGAGGGCACCCAGGCUCCUCUCAUGAUGAUCCGUCGUGGCCGCUGGAAGUUCAUCUACUCAACUAUCGACCCACCCAUGCUCUACGAUCUCGUCAACGACCCAGAGGAGAGGAUCAACCUCGCAGCCGGCCUACCCAUCCCAUCCAGCUCCACCCGCGCAGCCAUCAUAGCCAAACCCGCCCACUUGGCAUCGUCCAUCAACCUGCCAACUCCAGACGAUACCCCGCACGCAUCGCCAAUCCCUCAACGCGCCAAUACGGCAUACUACCCCUUCCCCUCGACCACUCCCCCUCGCACCCCGAGCCCCGCCAAGCUCCCGCCUGCAGUGCCCAACACCACCGACCCAACUAAGAUUCUGGCAUUUUUCCUCGAGGAAACCCAUACCCGUUGGGAUUUGGAGAAGAUUCACCAGGAUGUUCUGCGCUCCCAGCGUCGCCGCCGUCUGGUCUAUUCCGCUUUGAUCCAGGGUGCCCAGACCGUUUGGGACUACGAGCCACGCACCGACCCGAGCACCCAGUACAUACGCAACCAGGGCAAGGGUGCCCUCGACGAUGUCGAACUCAUCUCCCGUUGGCCCCGUCUGUUCCAGCAAGCUGCUGCUGCCAAUGGGAUGUCUGCAUAG